UCCGUGACCUAUUUCUACCCACACCGACUAUCACAGCCAAGCGGAGAAGCACCUGAAACUAAAUUAACUCGUUUAGAGAAUAAAACUAGCAGCAUUCGGCGACUAGAACAGCCAGAGAUCUGUACCGUUUCAUCUGUUGUCCAGUCGGGGUUAUUCUGGCGCUAGCGGGCCGCGCCAAAGAUGAGUAUUUUCGUGGCGAGCCUGUGGGUGUUGGUGGUGAUUUGUGUUGUGUUGUUUCUAUACACGCGUUCAGACACCACUGCAUCGGGGGAUGCGUCGUUUAGAAGUUUUCAGCUCACCUAUCUCGUGGUCUACAUGCUGGCUAUGGCUGGGGACUGGCUGCAGGGACCCCAUGUGUACGCCCUCUAUCAGCACUAUGGAAUGAGCACUCAUGACAUUGAGGUGCUCUUCGUGGCAGGCUUUGGCGCCAGUAUGAUCUUUGGGACUGUGGUCGGUUCAUUUGCUGACAAGUAUGGAAGACGAGCCAACUGUAUCCUGUAUGGUGUUCUGUAUGGUCUGGCGUGUGUCACUAAGCACUUUGGCAAUUUCUGGAUCCUUAUGAUUGGUCGGCUACUAGGAGGUACAGCUACUUCCAUAUUAUAUAGUGCUUUUGAAUCCUGGCUGGUGUAUGAACACAAUAAGAGAGGAUUUAGUCAGGAUCUUCUCGGAACCUUAUUUUCUCACGCCACCCUGGGGAACUCCUUGGUGGCCAUCUUGGCUGGAUUUGUGGCACAAUUCUUCGCUGACAGUUUUGGUUUUGUAGCUCCGUUUGAUGUGUCCUUGACUGUCCUGGCUAUCAUGUGUGUGGUGAUCAUAUUUACCUGGUCCGAAAACUAUGGGGACUCCGCUGUCAACGUGCGCACUUCAUUUGUUAGUGCUAUCAAAUCUAUCAAAUCAGACCGCAAGAUAUUAUGCCUGGGUGUGAUCCAGUCUCUCUUUGAGGGAUCCAUGUAUACCUUUGUCCUGGAGUGGACACCUGCACUGACCCCUGUGGCCACAACAGCAUCCAGUGUGGCCAGCAGGAGGCUCCUGGAGGAGGAAGACGUCACCGUAGAGGGGCACAGAGGGGCUAUACCACAUGGGUAUAUCUUUGCAGCAUUUAUGAUUGCUAUUAUGAUUGGGUCAUCUCUAUUUAAGAUACUAUGUAGAUGGACCUCCAUUGAGUCAUUCAUGAGACCUGUGUUAUUCAUAUCAGCUGUAGCACUGUGUACACCUAUAGUGUGCCCGGGGAACCAGCUUGUAAUCUUCAUUGGUUUCCUGGUAUUUGAGGUGUGUGUGGGGUUGUUCUGGCCCUCCCUGGGGACUAUGAGGGGGAAGUAUGUCCCUGAGGAGACUCGUGCUACUAUAAUGAACUGUUUCCGGAUCCCGCUGAAUCUCAUUGUAGUUAUUAUAUUAGUCCAGAACCUGAGGAUGGACUUGAUAUUCAAGUGUUGUGUGAUGUUUCUUCUGUGUGCUUGUCUCAGUCAGCAUGUAUUAUAUAGAGAUAGUUUAAAUGUGAGCAAAGCUCUCCCUGAAACCAGUGGUGAAGCCAGCAGACAAGAUGCAGGCAAGAUGCCUUUGAUCAAAGAAGACAUGGUGGAAGCAAAUGGCAAUGAGGAUGAUGAUCAGAACUAAUGAGAAGAAGACAAAAUGACUUAUUUUAGGAGGUGGUUGUCAACUCAAAGUGUUGACUCUUAUUUUGACUGUGAAUUCUCACUGGUUUAUUGUGAUUAAGUUUUUAAUGAUACGAUAUUUCUCUUUAUGUGGAAUUCUUAUGGUAAUGAAUAAUUUCUCUCUGAUUUUCAAGUGGUAUUCUAUGUUAGUUAAUCUAUUUUUAUUUUAUUUUUGUGGGGAUGACAAUGUGGAUGCUGCCAGCAAAAUAUAUUUACCCAAGCUAGCCUUGAGUCAAGUCUUGAAACUUUGCAUAAAUUCAAGCAAGAUUUUAUGAGGCUUGGAAGAGAGUGGGUACAGAAACGUUGAGAGGCAAGCAAUUGUGGUACAGCAAUGAAAAAAUGACAAUUUACACACAAAUAUUUUUAUCGUUGUUUCCUCUGGAGAUUUGCAGAAUUACAGCUUUGCGUGCUCAAAACGUGGUAAGAAGUCACCAUGCUUUGUGUUUUACUUAUGUAUUGUUUUCUAGGGCAACAUUCCUGGAAUAUUAAAGGGAUAAUAAUUCCUCAUUUUGGUGGGAGAAGUGCCAUAAAACAGAUUUUCCUGGGAUAAAUGAUGAUGGCAUGCACAAAUUUCAGAAUAACUGCUUUUACCACCUUG